AUGGCAUCCUCUAGCUCGGCGACCACAACGAUGACAACAGACGGACGUCCAACUCUGCGAAUGGAGGAAGUUCCUCUUGAAGAGUCUGCCUCUGUCGACUCUACUGGCGGCCAUCCAGCUUCACUAUCCACGCACAGGGCAGGAUAUUCCAAGCCUAGAUCACCAACGGAGCAGUCACAAAAGACAGAUUUCUCUCCAAGAUCCGCAUACGUACCGCAGUCUCCCUCAUCUGCGCAGCCCUACAGCACAGCUUACUCCGGCAUGUUCUCGACGGUUGGGAAGCCAGGAAACAACGACCUUGCCGACAAAUCUCUCGCCCAGGACAUAUACGGCGCGGCAAAUACAACGCUGUCCACGGCAUCACAGUGGUUUAAGAGGACGAGUGAGCCGCAGAAGCACUUGAAGCUGAAGCGUACAGCGUAUCUUGAUGGCCUAAGGGGCUUUGGCGCCUUACUCGUCUACAUUCUGCACAACACGGGGUGGUCGCAUGGAACCUGGGCACUUACCAUUAUGGAGGCUGGCUGGGGCUGGCACGGACACUACUACUUCGCCACCGCUCCGUUCAUACGCACCUUCUUCAGUGGUGGCCAUCUCGCCGUGGCCGUGUUCUUCGUUAUAUCAGGCUACGUGCUAGCGGCCAAGCCUCUCAGUUUGAUUCAGUCCAAGGAAACUGUGAACCUCGCGGACAAUUUGGGAUCUGCGCUGUUCAGGCGAUGGCUGAGGCUAUUCAUUCCUGUCCUUGUGCUUACCUUUCUCUGGAUGAGUAGCUGGCAUUUGCUUGGUUUCCGGCCAAGUGUCCCCCAAAUCCCCGAGAGAACGUAUCUCGAUGAGGUCUGGAAGUGGUACUGCGACUUUAAGAACUACAGCUUUAUCUUCAACGAUAGCUACUUUAACGCUUACAGCUUCCACGCUUGGUCCAUACCGCUGGAGUUUCGUGGCUCGAUUGUCAUCUACACUACGCUAAUUGCCGUCGCUCGCUGCAACACGGCCAACCGCCUACGGAUUGAGUGCGCUUUGCUAUUCUACUUCAUGUACAUUGUCGAUGGAUGGUACUGCGCACUGUUCAUUGUGGGGAUGCUUCUAUGCGAUCUGGAUCUACUGGCUAUUCGGAGGGAGCUACCGCCUGCGCUCAAACGGAUAUACACACAACCUCAAUGGGUCUGUUACAUUCUCUUGACGGUUGCCCUGUACAUUGGCAACGUACCCGCAAACUCCAACGACAUCAUGGAAUUGCGUGGUACUCCAGGCUGGUAUUAUCUGUCUUUCCUCAAACCACAAGCCGUGUUCAACCAUGCGUGGUUCUUCAGAUUCUGGGCAGCAACUCUGCUGAUGAUCAUUAUCCCUCGCCUCGGCUGGCUGCAGUCCUUUUUCGAAACGCCGUUCUGCCAGUAUCUAGGCAGGAUCUCCUUCGCAUUGUACCUGGUGCAUGGUCCGGUGAUGUGGUCAAUCGGAGAUCGAAUCUACGCAGCAGUAGGCCUCGCUCGUGAUGGUCACGAUGCGCUUGUUCCUGCCUGGAUCAACCGCUUCCCGUUUCCCAAUUGGGGCGUGACUGGCCUUGAGGUGAACUUCCUCGCGUCGCAACUCAUCCUCUUUCCACUGACACUUUGGUUGGCUGAGGUUUUUACGAGGUUGGUUGAUGAGCCCAGCGUCAAGUUCACGCAAUGGUUGUUCAAGACUCACACGACACCGGAGCGGGACUUCUUAGUAUGA